GAGUGGCCAAGAGUUGGAGAUAAAUAAAAUAAUCGAAACGUUUAGUUUUCAUUCGACGGCUUUGGCCGCAACAUAAACCAGUUAUUAAUAAAAUCGAAAAGCGAUUCGUCGUUUAACACUCACGCCGCCAAUAUGGCAAGACGGCAUUGUCAGUCCCGCCACUCUCGGCCCGGCACAAUAUUGAUAACAACAUUGUUAACAAUCGGGCUAUGGGGAAGCGCCUGCAGCUACAAUUUAUCACCCCGACCCAAUAAAGUGAUCAGAGAUCCGCAAUUUGUGACCUCUUUACCAAAAGGCCGUGCCUCAUACUUCGGUUACACGAUCAGUUUGCGGAAAAAUGGCAUUAUAGUUGGAGCACCGCUGGCCCAAUCCACCCUCGAGGCGCAGCGCAACGUGAACGAGACGGGGGCCAUCUAUAAGUGUUCCAUUCAGAAUGCCACCUGCAUACCAUAUGUCCUCGACGCGAAAGGCAAUGUUCGCAUUGAGACGUCGGACUACACAUUCGACUCGGAGAUGCGAGAUAACCAGUGGUUGGGCGCCUCAAUGGACGGCGGCACCCAAGACACAGACAAAUUGUUGGUGUGCGCGCCCCGAUUUAUAGCGCCGAGCAUGUUCGACUACCAUAUGCACGGCAUUUGCUACUGGGUGGCCGACACGUUGGGUGACACACCGCAGAAUGUGAAGAAGAUUUCACCGCUGCGGCUCAAAACGGAUCAGGUUCAAACGGAUGAUACGGACCAUAAGUUCUACUACUAUAUAUUCGCAGAGCAAGGUCUCAGCGCUCACGUGUCAGACGACCAGGAGGAGUUCCUGAUUGGUGCCCCCGGCAUACACACGUGGAAGGGAUCCGUCAUACGCUACCGCAAGACGUUGCUGGUGGACGACCCAUCGGCCAGUCGCCGCGAUACAAGCAGCCUGCGUCGCAAACCACGCGCCAACGAAAACCAAGAGAACUCGCCUCAAUUCACAUACGAAACGAAAAUUCCCAAUCCCGCCCUGUGGGGGCAGUCUGAUGAUUCGUACUUCGGCUACUCUGUGAGUUCUGGCCACUUCGACAGCGACGAUCUGAAGAAGCUGCUCUAUGUGGCCACAGCACCUCAGGCCAAUGAGCAGUCGGGCGAGGGAUACAUCUUCGAUAUACGCGACAAGACCAUUAAGAAGUACCAUGUGUUCCGGGGCGAGCAGUUCGGCGAGUAUUUCGGAUAUGCGGUGUUGGCUGAAGAUCUCAAUGGCGAUGGCCUCACUGACGUCAUCAUUUCGGCCCCACAGCACACGCUCGAAGACUCGAACGAUAACGGUGCAAUUUAUGUAUUCACUAACAAGGGUCAGUUCAACUUCGACUCAAAGCUGCUGAAAUCACCGAUUCCGACGAAGGCACGUUUCGGCACGACACUGACGAGACUGGGCGACAUUAAUCACGAUGGCUACAAUGACAUUGCAGUGGGCGCACCCUUUGCGGGGAACGGCUCCGUUUUUAUCUACCUGGGCAACGAGCAGGGGUUGCGCGAUCAACCCAGCCAGCGGCUGGAUGCACCCCAACUGGAACCCUCAAAGUAUGGUGAGCACAUGUUUGGUCACGGCCUGUCUCGUGGCUCUGACAUUGACGGCAAUGGCUUCAAUGACUUUGCAAUUGGUGCACCCAAUGCCGAGGCCCUCUACCUGUAUCGCGCCUAUCCGGUGGUCAAGUUGCUGGCCACCAUUAAGUCGCAAGCCCGUGAAAUCAGGCCGGAGCAGACAAAGUUCCAAAUCACAGCCUGCUACGGCUUGUCCAGCACAUCCACGUUGCCCAGUGCACUGCAGCAGGAUGUGGCAAUACGCAUCGUCGUCGAUCCGCAGGUGAAGCGCGUCAGCUUUACGCAGACGCGCACCAACGAACUGUCCUUCAAUGCCACGGCGGGCGCAACGCAACAGUGCCGGGUCUUCGAAUGCAAUGUGGUCUACAGCGUUAACGAUAUUUUCAAGCCCAUCGAUCUGGAGAUGCACUACCAGCUGGUUAAGGGGGUGCCCGACUCGGAAGAGUUCUGCGAAACGUGCGUUGCCGUUGAUCCCGCAGAUCCCAAGGUUUUCACUGAAAGGAUAAUAUUCAGCACAGGCUGUGUCUCAGAAAUUUGCAUUGCAGACCUCCAAUUGGUCAGCAAAAAUGUGGACAACACAUAUACCCUGGGCAGUGACAACACCUUCCGAGUCAACUACGAUAUUACCAACAACGGCGAGGCAGCCUACUUGCCCCAGUUCAAUGUGACUAGCUCGAGCCGCUUGAGAUUUUCCCAAAUUCCGUGGAAUUGUAAGGUCAACGAUGCAGUUAUGGUCUGCGACCUGAACCGGGGACGUCCCUUGGCUAAGGGGGAUAAGGACAGCAUUUCCAUUAGUUUCGAUAUGAGUAGCCUCAGGGACAGUUCUCUGAUAAUCAGCGCCGAGGUCUUCAGCACGGGCUACGAGAAAAAUCCAAUGGAUAACAAGCUGACGAAUGUAAUCAGCCUGAGAGAGUACACCGAAAUUGAUGCCACGGGGAGUCAAACGAACGAAGAUAUUAACUUGGAGCAUUAUAAAAACACGGCUGAAAUAAACAACAAUUACGAAAUCAAGAGCAAUGGGCCCAGCACUGUGGGAAAACUGGAGAUAAGUUUCUUCAUACCGAUCGCCUAUAAGGUGGCUGGCUCCACAGCUACUAUACCCAUCAUCAAUAUAAACAAUCUGACGAUGCAAGCAACCUACGAUUCGCAACUGGUGGCCAUCGACCUGGUCGAUCAAAAUAACACGCAGAUUCUAAUGAACACUGUUGAGAUCUCGACUAGCAUUAAUAAACAGUAUGUGGAGAAGAAUACGAUCACCCAGAAUGGAAACAUCGGCCAUGCCCAUCAAACAUGGCAAGUUUUGGACUCAGACUCAGUGGCCACUGCUUCAAUGUCGCGUAAGCGCCGGGAUCUAAAAGCUCUGACGGCCAACCGAGACCAAUACGCACGUAUCUCUAAUGCCAAGACCCACGAUCUACCCAGCGAAUACAAAGAAAAACUGCCAGUUAAUCGCACAAUAGUGUUCAGCUGCUACGAUCCCCAAAUGACGAUAUGCGUCCGCGCCAAGCUCAACGUCUAUAACUUUAGGCCCGAGAAACCAAUAACAGUAAAAAUGCGCUAUAGCGUCGAUCUCAAUGAGGUCAACUCCAUACUAAUCGAGCCAUGGGAGUACUUUGCUAUAUUCAUUGACUUGGGAAUACGCAAGGAAGGGGAUCUACUUGGCAGCUCGAUCUCUGUCAAACGCAAGAUCGACGCGAAUACUAUCUCAAAGCAUCAGAAGUCCUCACUCUCCAUCUGGAUCAUUAUCUUAGCCAUCAUUGGUGGCUUGCUGCUCCUAGCGGGCAUUACAUAUCUAAUGUACAAGAUGGGCUUCUUUGAGCGCAAGACGAAAGAGGAGCUGGACAAAUUGGUUCAACAGAAUCCAGUAGAGCCCGAGGCUGAGAACCUUAAUAGCGACCAUAAUUAAGCUGACUUGUGUGAUUUCCAGUGCUCGCAGAGCAUUGGCUUAGGCUAAGUGUACGACAUCACGUCCCAGGGAGGGUGCAACCGAACCCAACUCCUGCCUGCAUCCUUCAAUGUCAGUCAGUCAACAGGGUACUGUUUUGGCCAAUUGUGUUCAAUCAGAAACGAGUUGUAGAAUGUAGAAUGAUUGUUCUCACCCGCGAUGCAUUCAAUGUUUUUGCUGGUCAGAGUAAUGCUCCAAGUCCUGUUUACAUAUUUUUAUUUUUACAAAUUAUUUAUGAAUGUUACAUUGCUCCUAAGUUUAUAAGCCCUUUUUGCCAUUGUAAGGGCCCCUUUUCCACUUAUUCGCAUUGCAUUUUGGGCAUCUCAAAGAAAACUUCACAUCAGUUUCUAAUGCAUAACAAAAAGGAACCGCUUCCUGGGGGAACUAAGCUAUUUGUAUUACUAUAUAUAGUUUUCCCUUGCAAUAAAGAUCUUUUGUGUUUGUAUAUGUAAUGCGUUAGUUGCGGGCAGUGGAACUAGGGCCUAACUGUAUAUGUAUAAGAUAUUUGUAAAAUGAAAACGUUCUUCUGAAUUAUACCAUAAAAGACUUUACAUAACA